CUCAACUCAGUUCUGAUUCAGUCAGUGGAUACUGUGCGAAGUGAGCGGACGCGCGGGCCACUCGCGAGCGAGACCGAAGUGAUCGUGUUUGUUUGUGUUCAGUGGUUUUUAGUUAUUGUGAUUGCAGACCCCACAAACUCCUAAGCAAUCCAUCACAAGCACAACCCAUGAAACUAAAUCAGAAUACAGUGCCAAGUGAGAGUGGACAUGUGACAACAAGCGAUAGGAUGUGAAACAUGUCGGUAUGUGUGUGUCGCGUGCGAUCAGUGCCCGCGACAACUGUUGUGCUGCUGCUGCUCUGUCUCAGAAGUGUGUCCGGGAGCGGGCGCGUGGUGUCCGCGGGCGGGUUCGGCGCGCGGCUGGUGUGCGCGCGCGGGCUCACGGCGCGCCAGGCCGCGCUCUGCCGCAGCGCGCCCGCGCACGUCGCGCAGCUCGGCAUCGGCCUCAGUAUGGCGUACGCAGAGUGCCGGUCGCAGCUGAGCGGCCGCCGCUGGAACUGCUCCGGCGUCGGCGACUCCACCUACGGUCACGUCAUGCCCAGAGGCACGCGCGAGGCAGCGUUCACAUACGCGAUCACGGCGGCGGGCGCGACGCACGCGCUGAGCGCGGCGUGCGCGCGCGGCGACCUGCCCGCAUGUGGCUGCAACAACAAUAGGCUAUCCCCGAGCCGUCGUCGCGGCGCGGCGUCGCUGACGUCAGCUCUAUCGCGUGCGGGCGCCGGCGCAGGCUCGCAGUUCCAGUGGGGCGGCUGCGGCGAGGCGGCGGCCGGCGCACGCUUCGCCCGCAAGUUCCUGGACGCGCGCGAGCUGGAGGCCGACGCGCGCAGCCUCAUGAACCUGCACAACAACCGCGUCGGACGGAAGGUGAGCGAGAUGGUCAAAGACCUAAUCCGGCAGGAGUGCAAGUGCCACGGCGUGUCGGGGUCGUGCACGGUGCAGACGUGUUGGCAGGCGCUGCCGCCGUUCCGCGCGGUGGCGGCCGCGCUGCGCGACAAGUACCGCCGCGCCAAGCUGGUGGCGCCGCGCCGCGACCUGCUCGCGAUACGCACCACGCAAUUCUUUGUCAAGAGACGUCACCCGGACAAAGCCGAGCGCCAGCCGCGGCGCUCGGAGCUGGUCUACCUGGAGUCGUCCCCGAGCUACUGCGAGCCCGACCCGGCCAGCGGCCACCCGGGGACCCACGGCAGACAUUGCAAUAACACUUCCAAAGGAGAGGACGGCUGCUCGUCGCUGUGCUGCGGGCGCGGGCACAGCACGGUGCGCGCGCUGUCGCAGACACAGUGCCGCUGUCGCUUCCACUGGUGCUGCCGCGUGCGCUGCGACACGUGCACCGUGCGCACCGACACGCACGUCUGCAACUGACAUCACUCAAUCUAUAAUAUAUGGACAAAUCACACAUAUCGAGUUGGACCCUAAGUAAAUGCGACAUUUGGGCUUGUGGUAUUUCUUCGUUAGGGUUGGGUAAUACCAGAUGGGUGACCAGUUCUCCCGUUCUUUUCAACUCAACAAUAAUAUUACAUACACAUAAUUAGAUAAGAAUAUUGUGAUGAAUAGGGACUGGCGCGCAUAUCGCAAUCUGAAAGUGACUCUAUUACAUCUUAUACAGCACCUACUGUUCAAGUGAUCUAGCAACAAAUCAGUCGAUAGUGCAAGGGGGCGCGGUUGCUUCCCCUAUCCUGAAAGGCACACAUAGAAAAAAUGCACAUAUUUUUUAACCGACUGAGCAGAUUUUAUUAGGUAUUUAAUUCAAUUCAUCAAAACAUUGAGCAUAUAUGAGAUACUCGGCCGUUAUUGUUCGACAUUGCACGCUGUGCCGCCUCGUAGGUAUGUUGAGGUCCUCAGACAUUCUCAUCUCUACCUUUAUGUACUUAAUUUAUUAUUUAUAUUGUACCUUGUAUAGUAUGUAAGGACACGGAUUAGCAUUGUGAUACCAUGAACAAAUAAAUAUGUUACACGAGUAGGUAUCCGUGUACGCGUUGUAGUAGCGCUACCGUGCCAACAUUAUAUAUUGCCAUAUUUCAUUAUUUUUAUCCUAACAUUUUUUCUAAUAAUAUUUAUCCCGAUCCUACUGAACUGUUUCACUCAUUGUAUGACUUCUUGUCCAUCAGAGGUGUAGGCGUGUAGGUGUAAAACCGUCAAAAUUAUAUUUUCUAGAUACUCGUAAUGAAAUAACAACUAAAAAAUAAAGACCCCACUCUGGUGGAAAAGCAGCUUAAAGCCGUGCUGUAAAUAAUGCUUCCAAAUAAAUUUACACAUAAAUAACGACGCAUUUUGUGUGUCAUCAAUACUCAAGUACCUCGGACAAAAUACUUCACAAGUACGUUUAGAAUAACAUUAGCUUUAAUAACACUUUAUAAGUUCUAGGGAUUACCUCGAGGCAGGGCGGAAGCACAGCGCUUUCAAUUGUUUUUUUUUUUUAGAAACCUCUCGAGUGAAUUUUCAUUGGUAGGUUAUAGGUGUAGGUUCGCAGUUUAUUUAUUUAGACAUGAACGCCAAAACCUCUGUAAAAAGUACUUAAUUUCGUGAAUAGUGGGAAUGCACACCAAGUGCUAGAAAUAUUUUAUUUUAGUACACAAUGUAUUGACUUGUGUUGAGGUAAUCGCAUUUUAUUUCACUUACCUACUGCUAAUACAAUUUAUGAUUCAGACAUCAUUUUAGCCGAGAUUCUUAUUCUAUUAAUAUUCAUUAAUAAGGUAGUCUCGUGGCAUCAUAACAAUGAAUGAAUAGAAUACUUCUUUAGAUAAUUGUACAAAAUAUCAACUUGAGUAAAAUGCAUUGACGGUGUGAUUGCAAGCGCUGAGGACUGUACAGAGUUUGUGACUAGCUUGUAUUAACAACAUUCCGUAAGAUAAACUUAACUUAUUGUAACUUGCGAAUAAAAUGAACUUUGUUUUUACAAAAA